CUAUCGCUGUCCGGUCCGGCGUUCCCUAUUUCCCCUCGCAACCACCUUCUCUCUUCUCCAGUUCUCCCCAAACCCUAAUCUUCCCUCCCCACCUCCACAUCGAACCCAUUGGAUCGUUCGGCGGCGAUGGAGGGGAAGGAGGAAGGCCGGAUCUUCGUGGGCGGCCUGUCGUGGCAGACGGACGAGCGCAAGCUCCAGGAAGCCUUUGACCGCUUCGGCAAGGUCGUCGACGCGCAGAUCAUGCUGGAGAGACACACUAACCGCCACAGGGGCUUUGGCUUUGUGACGUUUGAAGAUCGGCGGGCAGUUGACAGCGCUAUCAAAGAGAUGCAUGGCCAAGAGUUAGAUGGUCGGACCAUUUCAGUGAACAAGGCUGAGCCUAAGAUGAACACAGAUGACACAAGAUAUGACAAUGGUGGUGGACGAGGAGAGUAUCGUGGUGGUAGAGGUGAUGGUCCACCCCCUGGUAAUUGCUUCGAGUGUGGUCGUCCUGGACAUUGGGUUCGUGAUUGCCCUAGUGCUGGUGGUGGUCGUUCUGGCAGAUUCUCAUCUAAGUUUGGUGGUGGCAGUGGUGGUGGCAGGGGAGACCGUUUCUCUGGGUCAGAUAGGUUUGGCGAUCAUUACAUGGAUGAUCGUUAUGAUGGUGGUCGUUAUGGGUACCGUGACCAAGUUGACACAAGAGACAGGUAUGCUGGGGGCCGUGAUCGUUAUGCCAAUGAUCGCUACCCCUCCGGUGGCGAUCACUUUGGUGCAGACAGGUAUGGAGGUGGCUCAGAUCGUUAUGCACCAAGUGGUUAUGGUAGGGAGCGAGAAAGAAGCUAUGACAGGGAUGGAGUUCGUGGUGGUGGUGGUGGUGGCGGCAGCGGCUAUGAUAGGAGUGGCCCAAGGGGUGGUGGAAGCUAUGAUAGGGAUGGCCCGAGGGGUGGCAUGGGUGGUGGCUAUGACAGGGAUGGUCCACGUGGUGGUGUCGCUGAUCGUUAUGGCGGUGGAGGACCUGCACGCUAUGACGGAGGAAGUUACAGGGAGAGGCCUGGGCCAUAUGAUCGCCCCAGCAGGGGAGGAGGACGUUUUGAUGAUCGCUACUGAUGAACCGUUGCAGACCCAAGCUCUUGAUGUUGCAGUUUAAUGUUUGCAGUUUCGUGUACCUGAAUGAUUAAUGUAUCCCUCCUUGGCACUUUUAUGUCUAAUUCUGUUCUUCAACCAGUACUGGCACUGAUGUUGCCUUCUUUGAUAAGUUUAUCUGGCAGACUGUUUUUGCUUGUUGAGAUCCUA